UAUUGAAAUGUAUAUGUUUUUUAAUGAAAUUUCUUAACUUUGUCAGAAGUAUACAAAGCGAAUGUUUCAGUAAACUAUUUUUACCAUAAUGCAGACCAUUGAUAUGAAUCCGCUUUAUGCGAAUGUGUUCAACACGUUCAUGGUAUUACAUCAGCAAAAAAACUUCGAAUACUUCGUGCAGCUGAUUCAAGGAACACUAACGACGACGGAUGAAGCUGUGAGAUGCUUCGACUGCAUUUUCAGUAUAGCCUUAGAGAAUAAGGUUUUCAAGAACAGUUUUGUGUGGUUGGCUGAAGCGCUUCAAGGAGCGAACAUUAAGAUUGGGGAAUUCGUAAUGAAGGGUACGGUCGGACGAUCGCAAGAAAACUGUGCACUUAUAGAUGCGAAAAUCACUUACACAAUUUGCCAAAACUCGUAUUCGCAUACCCUGAGAUUGCAAAGUGGAGAUGUCGUAGGAGGCUUCGUUACAAUGCCCUAAAAUUGUAUUUAUAUAUGAUUUUAACGUUUUUUUUUUUCAGUGUAAUUUUAAUUGUAAUGUUCAAUUUAAUGUUUCGAUCUUCAGCAAUGCAUUCGGUUAGGAUUGAAUAAUUGAAGACUUGCUUUUAUUUCGUAAUCAAGUCACUUAUUUGCUAUUUUUCAUAUGUUUUUCAAUGUUAAAUUACCGUUUCCAUUAUGUUCGGUAUAAGAAACACGAGUAUUUACGAUAAAUAUGAGAAUCCAGAGAUCACAAUUAGACAUUCAUUAUUAUUUUAAAUACAAUGUGUAGAUUCUAAGAUUGUUUUUUUUUUAUAUAUGUAAUCAAUAUUUUAUACAAGUAUGCAAACUUGAUAUUAUCUACCUCAAUUUAUAUAUAUAAACAUGUGUAUGUAUAAUAUUGAUCUUUGGCAAUAUAUAGGCAAAUCAAGUAGGCCGUUGCGAGUCUAGUUAGCAACCGUUGGAAUUGGACGAGCAUCUAAAUUUUGUGUAUGUACAAUGUUCGAGAUGUUAAUAAACUUUGAGGUAUAUAUAUAUAUAGAAAAUAUUCAAAUAUUUCGCCCUUGUUUAUUAAGCCAUAUAUGCAACAACCUAUAUAGUAUUUUCACGAUUUCCAGUUGAAUACGUACUAAUAAUCGAAUAUAUUUAUAUAUAUUUAUGUAAAACACUUUUCGUUUACGUUCAAACGUAAUAAUAACAAAUAAGAGGGCGGUACGACCAGAAAUAUCCGUUCAUAAAUUAGAUUAAAAAA